AUGACAAAACUGCUAAAUGACCUUCGUGAGGAGCAUCCGGAACUGGUUCCACAGCAGACUGAUUUGAGUUACUUCGCUGAGGUCAGCACGCUUGAGGGUCUCAUUCCGGUGCCCGAAUACAUGAAGAAGUUUGAAAAGCCCUGCGACGGGAUGCUUGCGCGAGAGGCAACUUGGCCAAUUCCCAAAAACUACUUCAUGUACCACUAG